UUAGGUAGUAAACGUGGAGGCAACCAGAGAGACGCGCCAAUAUCUGACCCCAAUUCCUUCUGAUCUGCAAACCUCCCUAAAAAUGUGACUCGCUGAUUACUUCCCUCUCAUUUCGCCCCCUCUUCUCUCUCACUCACUCACUUUACGCGAAUGUUGGUUGGCUUCUUGAUCUGCAUUUUCUUGAUGUUUCAAUUUGCAUGAUUCAGUUCACUCAAAACAAAGAAAAUCAAAACAUGAAAAAUUCAAUGUUUCUCCCUUUUGAAAUCAUACGAGGGUAUUCUUCUAUCAGGUCCUUCAUGUGGGAGUUUUGAAAUUUUAACUGAUUCUUGUUUUCCCCAUUUUCUUGCUUGGUUGAGGGCCAAUCUUUACAAGAUUGAAUAAAAGGAAGAAAAAGCAGGUUGAUGAGAGGCCAAAGGAGAAAAAAACAUAUGCAUCUAUGAAGACUUGGGCACGGAAGUCGCCGCCGCACCACCUGAUGCAGUUGUUGUCGGUUGAGCUUCUUCUUCUGCAAAUUUUUCAGAUGGAAUGGCAGAUCCAGUUAGUUAUGUGAAUUCUGAGCGGGACAUCGAACAAGCACUUAUUACUUUGAAAAAAGGCACUCAGUUAAUCAAGUAUAGCCGGAAAGGAAAACCCAAGUUUCGUGCAUUCAGACUUUCUCCAGACGAAACAGCAUUGAUCUGGUUAUCACAUGGAGAAGAAAAGUAUCUAAGAUUAUCUUCUGUCUCACGGAUCAUUCCAGGACAGAGAACUGCUGUCUUUAGAAGAUACUUGCGCCCUGAAAAGGAUUACUUGUCAUUUUCACUUCUAUAUAAUAACGGUGAUAGGUCUCUUGAUCUGAUCUGCAAGGAUAAACUUGAGGCAGAGGUGUGGCUUGCAGGCCUUAAGGCACUGAUAGGAAAGAAAAGUAGUAGACGUACAAGGAGUGAUAUUUCUGAUCUAACUGAAGGUGGGGAUUUUUUUCAAAAUGGCCGUCCUUCUAGUGUAAGUCUAGAGUUUUCUUCAAGCAUUAAUCAUGGGAGAGUGUCUGUAGAUUUAGGUUACCGUGACACUUAUUUUAAUUCAGCAAGCUCAGAUGUGGGGUCAGAACGUGCAAAUAUGCAACUAAGGACAAGUGGUGGAGAUGGUUUCCGGAUUAGUGUUUCAAGCACUCCUAGCUGUUCAAGUGGUGGAUCAGGCCCAGAUGACAUAGAAUUGUUGGGUGAUGUUUAUGUAUGGGGAGAAGUUUGGAGUGAUGGGGUUUCUCCCGAUGGGUCCACAAGCUCACUUCCUGUAAAGAAUGAUAUUUUGAUCCCUAAGCCCUUAGAAUCAAAAAUAGUUCUUGAUGUUCAUCAAAUUGCUUGUGGUAUGCAUCAUGUUGGUCUCGUAACAAAGCAAGGAGAGGUUUUUACUUGGGGAGAGGAAUCUGGGGGGAGACUUGGUCAUGGAACCGAAAUGGACUUUAGUUGUCCUCGCCUUGUUGAGUUUCUAGCAGUUACUAAUGUUGACUUUGUUGCUUGCGGUGAGUAUCACACAUGUGCUGUGUCUUCAACGGGUGACUUGUUUACCUGGGGUGAUGGAACACAGAAUGCUGGACUUCUUGGUCAAGGUACUGAUGUUAGUCACUGGAUACCAAAACGGGUUUCUGGUCCUUUAGAAGGACUUCAGGUUUUAUCUGUUGCAUGUGGCACAUGGCAUUCGGCUUUGGCAACUACAAAUGGAAAACUGUUUACAUUUGGUGAUGGAACAUUUGGUGUUUUAGGCCAUGGAGAUAGAGAAAGCGUGUCAUUUCCAAAAGAAGUUCAGUUAUUGAGUGGACUAAAGACUAUAAAGGUUGCAUGUGGCGUCUGGCAUACUGCAGCUAUAGUAGAGGUUAUGAGCCAGCCUGGAACAACUGUUUCAUCUAGAAAAUUGUUCACCUGGGGUGAUGGCGACAAAAACCGUUUAGGUCAUGGAAGUAAGGAAACAUAUCUACUUCCUACUUGUGUCUCUCCCCUUAUUGACUACAACUUCCACCAGAUAGCAUGUGGACAUACUAUGACUGUUGCCCUUACAACCUCAGGUCAUGUGUUUGCAAUGGGUGGAACUGCAUAUGGUCAGUUAGGCAACCCCAACUCUGAUGGAAAAGUGCCCAGCUUAGUACAAGAUAAUUUGGUAGGUGAGUUCGUUGAAGAAGUCUCUUGUGGGGCGUACCACAUUGCUGUCCUGACGUCAAGAAGUGAAGUGUACACUUGGGGCCGAGGUGCCAAUGGACAAUUGGGACAUGGGGACACAGAAGAUCGGAGAACGCCAACAUUAGUUGAAACACUGAGAGAUAGGCAUGUUAAAAAUAUAUCAUGUGGCUCAAAUUUUACUUCUAGUAUAUGCAUCCACAAAUGGGUCUCUGGAGUAGACCAAUCAGUUUGCUCUGGUUGUCGGCAAGCAUUUGGAUUUACUAGAAAGAGGCACAACUGUUAUAAUUGUGGGCUGGUGCAUUGUCAUGCUUGCAGUUCCAAAAAAGCGUUGAAAGCAGCAUUAGCUCCGACUCCAGGCAAACCACAUCGAGUCUGUGAUGCUUGCUAUGCGAAACUUAAAGCUGCUGAUGCUGGUAAUUCUAAUAUGAACAGGAAAAGUACCACCCCACGCCGCUCAGUGGACAUCAGAGAAAAAAUGGACAGGGGAGAGGUCAGGGCUUCAAGAGUUUUACUGUCUCCUACUACAGAACCUAUCAAAUACCUUGAGAUCAAGUCAUUUAAGCCUGGAACUAAAUCUGAGGUUCCUUCAAUAGUCCGAGCUUCCCAAGUUCCAUCACUUUUACAACUAAAAGAUGUCGCAUUUCCAAGUUCACUAAGUGCUAUGCAAAGUUCAUGGAAGCCUACUCCUUCACCAGUAUAUCAGUCUGGGAUGAACUUUACUCAGCCUAGUGCUGCUAACUCAAGACCCGCUUCACCAUAUUCAAGGAGACCAAGCCCUCCACGCACCAGCACUGCUGGAUUUUCUAGAAGUGUCAUUGAUAGCCUUAAAAAAACCAAUGAUAUUUUAAAGCAAGACAUGACAAAAAUGCAAAACCAAAUUAAAACUUUCAAGCAAAAGUGUGAUGUGCAAGACACACAGAUUCAAAAACUGCAGAAACAAGCUAAAGCAACUGCUUUAUUGGCUACAUCAGAAGCAACCAAGUCUAGAGUAGCCAAGGAACUCGUUCAGUCUAUCACAGAACAGCUGAAACAAAUGAAAGAGCAAUUGCCUCCUGAUGUUCACGAAAGUGAAAUAUUUAAAGCUAUGAAUUCCCAAAUUGAAACAUUUCUGAAUGCAUAUGAAACAUCGGAAAGUUCUUCCUUAGCAGAAAGCUUAGGGUCUUCAAAUCUGCAAGACCAGAGGAUUGAAUACCAAGCUGACACUACUAGAGCUACUGACUCAUCAAAAAAUGAUGGAAAUGUCCGUCGUAGACCAUCUGGUUCUGGUUCUACGGAGGGCAUUCCUCAACACAUCUCAGGAAAUGUGACCGGAACACUUGAAUCUUCAUCUGCAAGAAGGGAAGGAGAAAGCAUUGAACAAUUUGAACCAGGGGUCUAUGUAACGUUUAUCCAACGUUCUGAUGGUGUAAAGCUAUUCAAGCGGGUCAAAUUCAGUAAAAGGAGGUUUCAGGAGCAGCAGGCAGAAGUAUGGUGGAAAGAAAACAAAGAUAGGCUGCUGAGGAGAUACAGUCCAACAUCAAACACUGCUUCAACCGGAUCAUCCUCUACUCCUGCUGAAGCACCCCCCAGUACUGCUGUAUCACCCAGUGCUCCAGCUGAAUCAUCCACCACUGCUGCUGAGGAUACAAGUGAGGCAGGACCAUCCGAAACAUAGUGUCAUGAUUUAGUAAAAUUAGUCUCUGAAAUAACAAUCUAGAAAGCGGAUGUAGGAUCAAGGAGCUGCCUUUUUGAGCCUAGAGCUAAAAUCUAGAGACGAGGAUUCUGCUUGCAGAUACGCCAGAAUGCUGCAUUAAAUUGCAAGUGGAUAGACAGAAUAUUUAAUGAACGAAGGUUCUGUUUUUUAAUAUAUCUACAUAAAUAUUUCUGUGUUGCGAUGAGUUAGACUGUAAUAGGUAUAGAGUAGACAAACUUGUUAGAACCUUCCAAUUUGUAAAGCUUUAAAUUUGUGACAUGAAGCUUCCUAGUUACAUCUUUCCUUUCUUAA